AUGGAAACACUGAAGAACGAGGACAACCAGGCGGAAAGCUAUCCUAUGCAUCCUCUUGAUCAACAUUCCGGCAGUACUUUUUCUGAUCCUGCUACACAGUCAAUUAAUGCCGACCAUAUUAGUGGCGUGUAUGAAUCAAACGAUGCUCAUGAUGUUGGUGAAAGUCUGCUGUCAGACCCCAGUUACCGCCAUCCAACAACAUAUGCUUACGAUGAGACUGGCACUGAGCGAAUAUGGCAUCAGCAUUCACCAAACAGCCCAGAUGGCAGCGAGGGCUUCUUCGGGAAUCAACACAAUCGUCCCGACGACGACCCGAUCUCCUACGGACGUCCCGACGACUCAUUUGGCGUACAAGAGAUGCCGCCCGCUAUCGGUACCCAAGGAGGCAUUCGGCGCCGCGGCACUCGAAAGAUUAAACUGCUCCAAGGCGGUCAGGGAUCAGUAUUGAGCGCAAACUAUCCCGUGCCAAGUGCAAUCAAAAACGCAUUGCAGCCACAGUACAGAGACGUGGAAAAUGGCAGCAACGAGUUCUCGGAGAUGCGUUACACGGCGGCAACUUGUGAUCCUAAUGACUUUACCUUGUUGAACGGCUAUACUCUACGCCAGCACAUGUACAACCGACACACCGAGCUUUUGAUCGCGAUCACCUACUACAACGAGGACAAAGUACUAUUCGCUAGAACAUUGCAUGGCGUGAUGCAAAACAUACGCGAUAUUGUGAACCUGAAGAAGUCCACGUUCUGGACGCGCGGUUCAGCAGCAUGGGAGAAAAUCGUGGUGUGCCUAGUGUUUGACGGUGUCGACAAGGCCGAUAGUGGUGUACUCGAUCUCCUCGCGACCGUCGGAGUAUAUCAAGAUGGCGUGCGAAAGCAGGACGUGAACGGAAAGGAAACAACCGCCCAUAUCUUCGAGUUCACUACACAGCUGUCAGUCACUCCUAACCAACAACUUUCUCGUCCCAACUCGAAUGCGGAUGAUUCUAGUAAUCUACCCCCGGCGCAACUCCUCUUUUGUCUAAAGCAGAAGAACAGCAAAAAGAUCAACUCUCAUCGUUGGUUAUUUAAUGCUUUUGGGCGAAUUUUGAAUCCGGAGGUCACUAUUUUGAUCGACGCAGGGACGAAACCUGGACCUCGCUCUUUAUUGGCGUUAUGGGAGGCAUUCUAUAACGAUAAGAACCUUGGUGGUGCUUGUGGUGAAAUCCACGCCAUGCUUGGCAAUCGGAGCUCUAAGCUAUUGAAUCCGCUGGUGGCAAUACAGAACUUUGAGUACAAGAUUUCGAACGUCCUAGACAAACCUCUUGAGAGCUCUUUCGGCUACGUCACUGUUCUCCCCGGCGCAUUCUCAGCAUAUCGCUUUCGAGCAAUCAUGGGUCGUCCCUUGGAGCAAUAUUUCCACGGCGACCAUACCCUAUCAUCCGGCAAGAAAAGCAUCAACAACAUGAAUAUUUUCAAAAAGAACAUGUUUCUCGCAGAAGAUCGCAUCCUUUGCUUCGAGCUGGUAGUGAAAGAAGGACAGAAUUGGCACCUAUCUUAUGUCAAAGCUGCCAAGGGCGAGACAGACGUACCUGAAGGCCCUGCUGAGUUCCUGAGUCAACGUCGGCGUUGGCUGAAUGGAUCGUUCGCGGCCUCGUUAUACUCGCUCAUCCACUUUGGUCGCAUCUACAAAUCCGGGCAUAGUCUGAUCAGAAUGAUCAUGUUUCAUUUCCAGCUACUAUACAACAUUGCCAACGUUGUGUUUAGUUGGUUCUCGCUAUCGUCCUAUUGGCUUACUACCACUGUUAUUAUGGAUCUCGUCGGCACACCUGUAACUGCAUCGGACUAUCACGGCUGGCCAUUUGGCGAUACUGCGUCUCCACUAUUCAACCACAUCAUCCAGUAUAUCUACCUUGUGUUUGUAAUUAUACAGUUUGUUCUAGCCCUUGGAAACCGCCCAAAAGGAUCGCAAGUAACCUAUCUGGUAUCGUUUGUGGUGUUUGGCUUUAUUCAGCUCUACAUCAUUAUUCUGUCAUUCUAUCUGGUCUACCGAGCAUUGAAGAUACCAAUUGGAGACCAGAUCGAUACCUCUUCGAGCGCAGCAUUCUUUCAGAGCAUGUUCGGCGGGACGGGAGUUUCUGGCGUGAUACUACUUGCCCUAAUCACCAUUUACGGCUUGAAUUAUGUCGCCUCGUUCCUCUACAUGGACCCCUGGCACAUGUUUCACUCUUUCCCGCAAUACAUCAUCCUCGCUUCGACAUAUAUCAAUAUUCUGAUGGUUUAUGCCUUCAACAACUGGCACGAUGUUUCUUGGGGCACGAAGGGCUCAGAUGCAAGCGACAAGCUCCCUUCAGCGAACGUGAUCAAAGACGCCAAGUCCGGUCUUGAGAUGGUCGAGGAAGAUGAGAUGCAGCAGGUAGACAUCGACAAGAAAUUCCAGGAGACCGUGCUCAGAGCUUUGGCCCCGGUGGCUGUGGAAGUGGCCGUGGAAACGAAGGAAGUAGAUGACACGUACAAGGCGUUCAGGACUCGUCUGGUUGUCUGCUGGAUUCUGUCAAACAUGCUGCUGAUCUGGAUCGUCACCUCGGAUGAUUUUGCGUUUCUUGGCGUUGGUGAAGCCUCUACAACCCGGACACCAGCCUAUUUCCGGUUUCUUCUAUAUGCCACCGCUUUCUUGUCGAUCGUGAGAUUCAUAGGGUUUCUUUGGUUCCUUGGAAAGACAGGAAUUAUGUGCUGCUUUGCGAGAAGAUGA